AUGAAGCGCGUGGUCGUCACCGGCGGAAACUCGGGCAUCGGCCUGGCUUUGUGCAAGCAGCUGGCCCAAGAGGACGGAUGUUAUGUCUACCUCGGAUCUCGCAACGUCGAGAAGGGUGAGAAGGCCCUAGCGUCCAUCGUCUCUUCCGCGCCGGAGUGCAAGGGAAAGGUGGAGGUGCUCCAGGUGGACACGGCCUCGGACGAGUCGGUGGCAAAGGCGGCUGAGGCAGUCAAGGCGUCCCUGCCAGCAGGAGAAAGCCUCUACGGUGUCGUGAACAAUGCCGGAACCGGUUUGCAGCAUGGCACCACAGGCGCAGAGAUCAUGAACGUGAACUUCUAUGGUCCCAAGCGCAUGGUGGAGGCCUUCUUGCCUUUGCUGUCCCCGUCGGACGGACGCAUUGUCAACGUGGGUUCCGGUGCCGGGCCGAUGUACGUGAAGGCAGCGCUCAGCAGUGACACCGAGCGAGCGCGGAUGCUGUGCAGCUGCCCGGAGAGCUUCGAUCCGUUGGAGGCACUGGCCAAGUCAGAGCUCGCGAGGAAAGAGUUCCUGGAGGACCGCUCUGCUUCUGGACCCUACGGCUGUUCCAAGGCACUCCUGUCGGCUUAUUCGCAGCUCCUUGGAAAGCUCCACCCGAACAUCCUCUCUUCAUGCUGCACGCCCGGCUUCAUAGACACCGCCAUCGUCAAGGGCUGGGGCGCCACGAAGACGCCCGAGGAGGGGACCGUCUCUAUUCGGCACUGCCUGCUGAAGCCAUUGGAGGGCAACGGGUACUACUACGGCUCUGAUGGCAUCCGGUCUCCGUAUCACUUCAUGCGAAAUCCGGGUGAGCCGGUUUACGACGGCAAGAUCCCCUUCUGA